CACGGUUUUAUAAACGUCAAAACUGACAUUAUCAGCUGUUAGUAAGACAGAGGAGAGAUAUCAUACACUCAAGCCCUUAUUUACUGCUAGUCCGAUCAGAAAUUUUGAUAUCUUCUACAUUUUUCUCUUCCUCAACUCUUAACAUUUAGACAACAGUAUUAUAUACUAUAUAGGACUCAACUGAACGUUAGAAGUAGAUAUCUGGUCCGUUCAUUUCAGCUUUUUAUGCAACUUCAUGAUUUUUCAGAAAUAGCUGGUAAAUAAAUCAGAAAUGUCCGAGAGGGACUAUGCACCACUGAGCAUUGCCUGCGUUCGCGGGCUUUGCGAUAAAAUAUAUGACAAAAGAAAAUUUGCUGGCGUCGAAAUUGAAAAGAUGGUAAAAGAUUUUAGUGAUGCAAAGAACACUAGCCAGAUAAAGAGGCUGAUACGAGUGCUCGGACAAGAUUUGAUGUCCUCCACCAACCCUAAUGUGAAGAAUGGUGCCCUCAUGGGACUCUCUUCUGUGGCCGUGGGCUUAGGAAAGGGUUGCAUCGACUAUUUGCCGGAGCUGGUGCAUCCGAUCGUGGCGUGCUUCAGUGAGAGCGAGUCGCGCGUGCGGUACCAGGCGGCGGAGGCGCUGUUCAACGUGCUAAAGAUCGCGCGCGGAGAGGCGCUCGCGCACUUCCCGCUCGUGUUCGAUGCGCUGGCCCGCCUGGCCGCCGACCCCGAGCCGCAGGUUAAGCAGGGCGCUGAGCUACUCGAUAGGCUCGUCAAGGAUAUAGUCACGGAGAGCCAGACGUUCGAGCUGGCGGCCUUCAUCCCGAUGCUGCGCGAGCGCAUCUACACGCGCAACGCGUUUGGGCGGCAGUUCAUCGUGUCGUGGGUGUCCGUGCUGGACGCCGUGCCCGACAUCGACCUCAUCGUGCACCUCCCUGAGCUGCUCGACGGACUCUUCAAGAUGUUGGACGACGCCAACGCCGAGAUCAGGAGGAUGUGUGACGUCCAGUUGAACGAGUUUUUGAGAAGUAUAAAGAAGGAUCCGUCUCGGGUAGAUUUUCAAGCUAUGAUCAACAUUUUGAUCACGCAUGCGCAGUCGCCUGAGGAAAUGUUACAGUUGACAGCAAUAACAUGGAUCAAAGAGUUUGUCGAGCUCGCGGGCGCGACCAUGCUGCCGUACGCGUCCGGCAUCCUGUGCGCCGUGCUUCCGUGCCUCGCAUAUUCUGACGAACCUCGCAAAAGCAUACGUGAGACGGCGGUGAUAGUCAACUUCCAGCUGACGAAGCUGGUGGUGUCUGGCGAGGCGGGUGAGGUGGGUGAGGCGGGCGAGGCGGGGCAGGCGGGCGAGGCGAGGCAGGCGGGCGAGGCGGGGCAGGCGGGCGAGGCGGGGCAGGCGGUGCAGCUGGAGCUGGACGGCGUGGUGGCCGUGCUCACGCAGAUGCUGCACCACAGCUCCGUCAGCACCAAGGUGGCCGCGCUGGACUGGAUCCUACAUCUCUACAACAAGCUGCCCGCGCAGAUGGUGAGCCAGACCGACAAGCUGUUCGUGGGCGCGUUGGGCAGCCUGACGGACGCGGCGGACGAGGUGGUGCGGCGCGCCCUGGCGGUGCUGGCCGAGCUCUGCUCCUGCGCCGCGACGCCGACGCCAGGUGACCUGGAGUCGAGUCCCUACUACUACAAGUUCCUGCAAGACUUGUUGCGGUUGCUGGCGGCCGAUGUCAAUCUCCUGGAAGAUAGAGGCGCUUUCAUUAUCAGACAGCUGUGCAUCCUGCUGAACGCGGAGGACAUCUACAAGGCGCUGGCCAAGAUCCUGCUGCAGGAGCGCAACCUGCGCUUCGUGGCCACCAUGGUCGACGUCCUCAACACUAUCCUGCUCACCUCCGCCGAGCUCUACGACCUGCGCCUUCAGCUGCGACACUUCGACAAACCCAGUUACGCGCCGGGGUCUGCCAACACACAAACGCAUCUACAUACAUCCGUGCAAGUGUAUAGUGACCAGCAGAUCGACCUACUCCUUUCUGCCAAAACAAUGACCGAAUAA